ACAGCAGCAGCUUUUAUUCAACAAAGUCUCUCUCCCUACCCUUUAAUUAUUGGCUGUGACUCUCAUAAAUUUGGGUAUCAGAUAUAUCAGUACAUGAAUACGGGCGCACAGAGGAGGAAAAGGUGAAGUACAAAAGACCGCUUUCUAAGGUGCAACUGAAAUAGUUGAAUUCCCCUUGAGUUUGUAGAGAUCUUGUGCUGAGGAAAUUAUUGAGCUCGAAGCAAAUGGAAGGGGGUGUGGUUAAACCCGAUAAAACUGAAUUCACGGAAUGUUGGCGCACAAGCUUGACAAGACCUUACAUUAUGCGCCUCGCAUUAUCUGCGGGUAUUGGAGGGCUAUUAUUUGGUUAUGAUACAGGUGUUAUUUCUGGUGCGCUGCUCUAUAUUCGAGAUGACUUUAAGUCUGUUGACAGGCAAACAUGGUUGCAGGAAACAAUUGUCAGCAUGGCUGUAGCGGGUGCUAUUGUUGGUGCUGGUAUUGGUGGUUUGAUCAAUGACAAGUAUGGUCGAAAAAAAUCAAUUCUUUUGGCCGAUGUAUUGUUUGCUAUAGGUGCAGUUGUCAUGGCUGUUUCUGUAACUCCUUGGAUGAUAAUCAUUGGAAGAGUAUUUGUUGGUCUUGGAGUUGGCAUGGCAUCUAUGACAGCACCGCUUUAUAUUUCCGAAGCCUCUCCUGCCAGAAUCAGAGGAGCAUUAGUCAGCACCAACGGUUUGCUAAUUACAGGAGGACAGUUUUUGGCGUAUCUGAUCAACUUAGCUUUCACCAAGGCACCUGGAACAUGGCGUUGGAUGCUUGGUGUGGCAGUGGUUCCAGCAGUCGUUCAGUUUGUCUUAAUGUUAUCACUUCCUGAGUCUCCUAGGUGGCUAUAUAGGCAGGACAAGGUAAAGGAAGCGAGGGCUAUCUUGGAGAAAAUUUACCCUGCUGAUGAAGUGGAAGAUGAAAUGAAGGCUUUACAGUCCUCCAUUGAGGCUGAGAAGGCCGAUGAAGGGUCCAUGGGGAACAGUUUCUUCUCAAAACUGAAGAGUAUGUGGGGAAACGAUGUUGUUCGUAGAGGGCUCUAUGCGGGUAUCACUGUCCAAGUUGCUCAGCAAUUUGUUGGCAUAAACACUGUCAUGUACUAUAGUCCCACAAUUGUUCAGCUUGCGGGAUUUGCGUCCAAUUCAACAGCUCUGGCACUCUCCCUUAUUACUUCUGGUCUAAAUGCUGUUGGCUCUGUUGUCAGUAUGGCUUUUGUUGACAGAGUUGGGAGGAGAAGACUAAUGAUUAUAUCUAUGUUUGGAAUCAUAAUUUGUCUUGUUGCAUUAGCGACGAUGUUUUAUGAAGCCUCUGAUCAUGCACCUCCAGUCAGUAGCUUGGAGUCCCUCCACUUUGGAAGAAAUGCUACGUGCACUAGUUUCUUACGAGCCUCUCAGCCAUCAAACUGGAAUUGCAUGAAAUGUCUGAAAGCUUCAUCUGAUUGUGGUUUUUGUGCUAAUGGAGACAACAAAUAUCACCCUGGAGCAUGCUUGGCCUUAACGGAUGCAGUAAAGGGCAUGUGCCGAGGAGAACAACGAACGUGGUACACAAAAGGUUGCCCGAGCAAGUUUGGAUUCUUUGCGGUUCUAGUACUGGCACUGUACAUCAUAUCUUACUCGCCUGGCAUGGGAACUGCACCUUGGAUUGUUAACUCUGAGAUAUAUCCAUUGAGGUACAGAGGCAUGGGAGGAGGAAUUGCAGCAGUUUCAAACUGGGUUUCUAAUCUUAUAGUGAGCGAGACAUUCUUAACUUUGACAGAGGCUGUUGGUUCUGCCGGCACAUUUCUCUUGUUCGCUGGAUUUUCCGCUAUUGGACUCAUAGCCAUAUAUUUCCUCGUACCAGAGACGAAGGGGCUGGCGUUUGAAGAUGUGGAAAGGAUGCUGGAGAAGGGCUUCAAACCUAGACUAUGUUGCAAGUCCAAGGAUAGUAAUGAUGAUGAGAAAUAAGACUACAAUCUUUCUUGUUUAUUAUGUGUUUUUUACGAGAGGUGGUUUUAGCUUUUUUCCCACAAAGUCGUAUUGAUUGUCACCCUUCUUAGGAAUAAUACAAGUUUUAGA